GGAGGCAGUCCGGCUCGGCGGCUCCUCUCCAGCCUCAGCGCCUAGGACCAAGCUGCCUGGCGAGGGGCUGGGGCAGCUCCCCCCACCCCAGCACCUCCUCGCCCCCCUCGAUCCCCUCGACCCUCGUUCAGCGGGAGAGGGAAGGGAGCAAGGGGGGAAGGAGGGAGAUGGAGAGGCUGAAGGCAAGCGACUGCUCCUUCCCCAGGAUGGGGUGAGAGAGAUGAAGAUCUCCCGAGCCCCUUCCCCUGGCCGCUCCGGAUCGGACCCUGCCCGCCUGGCGGGGUGAUGCCUCGGCACCGUGGGUGCGCGUUCCUGUGCGUGCACCGCUGCCGUCGCAGAUGUCCCCCCAGCCAUCGCUGCCCUGCGCUCAGCCGCUCCCGCCUCUCGCUCGCCACCCCUCUCCCCCUAUUUAUUAUUUACGGGGGAUUACGGCCCCUUGCCCACGCCGCCACCUAAGCACGCAGCUCCUCGGCCCCCUGCGUGGGCCGGCCGGCUGGCCAGCGAGCCAGCGAGCUCAUGCCAACUAGAGUCCUCCGAGAGCUCGCCAGGUGACGGAGGGACUUUCUGCUGGAUUUGGCUUUGGGAUUGUACAGGGUUCACUGGAAGAGCUGCCCGUCUCACAGGAGGGUCCAUCCCAGCCCGAGCACGGGAGUUAAAUAGAGCACACGGAAAGCCUGCUGCCGGCAGUGAAAGUCACGCAGGGAGAGAGAAGGAAGAGGCAGUAACUGUGCAGUGCCCGGGGAGCCGGGUGGAAGUGGCAGUGGGCAGAGCCCCUCCAGGACCAGGCAGGCAGGCUACUAGGUUCACUCCUCCGCUCUGUGGGGCCGUGCGCCAGGCUGGCUGGUGGAUGUGAAGACACGCUGGAGAAGACAACAAUGCUGCCUGCAACUGCCGGCCACCGGUGGAGGAGCAGGUUCCUCAUGAGGUGGCAGGAGGCUUGCCUGCUUGGCUGCUGGCUGUCGCUGUGUGCUGCAGAGUCCUUCUUUGCUUGCCCUUCCUCCUGCAAGUGUAACAGCGGUAACCUGGAAGUGGACUGUAGUGGCUUGGGCCUCUCCUCCAUCCCCUCAGACAUCCCCCCAAACACCAGGACCUUCCUCUUUCUCAACAACAAACUCAGCAUCCUGCCGGGACCGGUGUUUUCCAACCUCUCUGCCCUGCAGAGGCUAGACCUAUCCAACAACUUCUUGGACCAGCUCCCUCAGAACAUCUUCAGCGACCUGGGGAACCUGACGGAGCUGCAGCUGAGGAACAACAGCAUCCGGGCCUUGGACAAGGACCUGCUACAGCACACGGCCCUGCUGCGCCAGCUGGAUCUCUCUAUCAACGGCUUGGCCCAGAUACCCUCGGGCCUCUUUGAUGACCUGCCCGCUCUCCGCUCCCUCUCCCUCAGGUCGAACCGCCUGCAGAGCCUGGACAGGGUGACCUUUGAGCCACUGACCAGCCUGCAGCAGCUCCAAGUUGGGGAUAACCCCUGGGAAUGCGACUGCAAUCUCCGAGACUUCAAGCACUGGAUGGAGUGGUUCUCCUACCGAGGUGGGAAAAUCGACCAGCUGGCAUGUACCCUGCCCAAGGAGCUGAAAGGGAAGGAUAUGCGAAUGGUGCCCAUGGAGAUGUUUAACUACUGCUCACAGCUGGAUGAUGAGAACAGCUCUACUGUGCUGGACAAUACUGGCCCACCCUGCACAAAAGGAAGCCCAACUCCUUCCAAAUCUAAAUCAGGCCCAGAACCAGAAGUGGAGCCCAGUGUGGGAUGCCCUCAGAAACAGAGAUAUAGGCCUGUGAGCGUGCGCCGGGCUAUUGGCACUGUGAUCAUCGCAGGGGUGGUUUGUGGCAUUGUUUGCAUCAUGAUGGUGGUGGCAGCUGCUUACGGUUGCAUCUAUGCCUCCCUCAUGGCCAAGUAUCACCGGGAGCUGAAGAAGAGGCAGCCGCUGAUGGGUGACACAGAGGGGGAACAUGAAGAGCAAAAACAAAUCUCUUCUGUGGCAUGAAACUCUUCUAGGAAGGAAGGGACAGCAAUGAACAAAGGUACCUGAGAGCAGUCAAGCAUGGGGUCCUCCCAAAAUACAUCUUCCCAGACAAAAAGACAGACUGUGCUAUUGCUCCACUCACCCAAGCAGUGCAACAUGCUUCUGGGGGGUCAGGGCACCUGACUCUAAUCUCUGUUCCUCUGCCCCAGGCCCAUUUUGUGCCCUUUCACCCUUGGGCCCAGACAAAUAAAGUAGAGUCAGACCUCGA